GGUCGCAUCGAAGUCGGAAAUUAGAAGUAAAGGUGCACGGAGAAUUCGAUAAAUUCAACUGAAUAGUUUUGAAUAAUUUUCAGUGUUUUUUGAAUUUGUGAUUUUUGGAUUUGCAUACCGGUUUUUGAAAAACACAGUCACCAUAAAGUGUUUUGUUUAAACUUAAACAAGUGCUUCAAAGUGCAAACCCAACGAAAGAUACAAGAAAAUGUUAAAGGCGAAUCAGAAAUAUAAGAUGAACAAAAAUGUUUAGUAACCCCUGAAACUAACUAACGACAAUAUACCUAAACAAACAAAGUAAAAAAAAACGUUAAAAAAACAACCGAGUGUAAUAAAAGUUUAGCAACCGCGAAAACGACUUACGAAUUUUCACAACAACUUGAUGUUUUGUAACGGAUUUUCAACCAACUGGUAAAAACUUUAUUGUGGAUUCUUCUGCUGCUUCUUCUUUGCAACUGCGACAAAAAUUUUUUGUGGCUCUGCGGAUUUUUUUGAGAACGCAAACCAUUCACAUUCACGAUUCUUCGGCAGCUCUCAGCUCUUUUCUAACACUGGAGUCAUCACUGGAAACCCAUUAAGUGCAACAACAGCACCAGGCAACAUAGUAUGCGUCUCUUCAAAACGCGCAAAUCCACCGACACCUACAGCACACUAGCCGCUCAGCAACAACAACAGCAGCAGCAGCAGCAGCAACAACCCGACAACAGCAACACUUCCCAAAGCAGCAGCAGCAAAAGUCACACGCCGGCAACAUGCAACAACCGAUUGACCAAGAGCAUUGCGAACAGCACCACCAUAUCCUCAUCGCUGCCUGAUCUUAACGAGUCGCCCGUCAUGAUCCUCAGCUGCACCACCCUGGCCAGCAAUGGAGCCACCGCCACGACAGCGGUCACAGCAACAGCCAGCGGAGCACCGGCAACAUCUGCCGGGGGUCUGCCGCAGCAGCAACAUCAGCAGCAGCCGUUACGCACGGCCACGCCCACGUGUCUGCUAAGUGGUCGGCAGACGCCCUCGGCCAUAUCGGUGAUGUCGCUGCAAGAGGCCACCAGUCUGCACCGCCAGCAGCAGCAGCAGCAACAGCAGCAGCAGCAGCAGCAACAUCAGCAGCAGCAACAUCAGCCACCCACCAUCUACGUGCCCGUGCCCACGAAACUUGGCAGCAAUGGCAGCACUGGCAACCACUCGGCAACACUGCUUUUGAGCUAUGGCAGCACCAACAGCAUUGCCACCAUGCAGCAACAGCAGCAGCAACAUGCCGCCCAGUACCAGCAAUAUGUUGCACAGCGACUGCACGCCGCUUCCAGUAGUUGUUUGUACGAGAAGGGGGCAAGUGCCGGCGGAGGAGCGGGCAGCAACAAGAGCAGCCGAUCCCUGACCCCAAAUGGCCACCUGCCCGACUACAAAUUGGUGACAGCGGUGCCCGUUGUUGUCCUGGACGAUGAGCACAAAUCGAACUCAUUGCCAGCCAGUGAACUGAGUCGCAACAGCGGCGGCAACAUGAACAGCAGCAGCAGCAACAUGAACGGCAGCGGCAACAGCAACAGCAACAGUCUUGACGUCAGCAACAGCAACUCGCACUCUGGGAGCUCCACUUCCUUGGCCAGCACCACGAGAAAUGUUUUCACCUGGGGCAAGCGCAUGAGUCGCAAACUGGAUCUGCUGAAGCGCAGCGACUCGCCCGCCGCCGCCCACAAAUCGCACUCGGACCUGAGGAGUCUGUUCCACUCGCCAACGCAUCACAAGAGUGGUGGCUCCGGUGGAGUCAACGCGUCCAGUUCGGCGAAGGCCUCGCCCUCACCCAGCAGCUCCGGAUCGACGACCAGCACCCUCAAGAAGUGCAAGUCGGGCCCCAUUGAGACCAUCAAGCAGCGUCACCAGCAGCAGCAGCAGCAGCAGUUGGUCCAGGAUGUGGGCACUGGCCAGAGCCAGAGUGCUCAGUCCACGCCCACGCAUCAGUUCCAGGCGGCCGCCCGCCCACAGAAGGCGCUGAAGAACUUCUUCCAUCGGAUCGGCUCCACCGGCAUGCUGAACCAUCGCUCCCACAAUCUCCUCAAGGCCUCGGAGGCGGCCCAGCAGGCCACACCGGCGGCCACCACGCUGUAUAGGAGCAGUUCCACCAGCCAGCUGUCCAGUUGCUCCUACGUCAAGUGCGACGAUCCCACCGAGGGUCUGAAUCUCCAGCGGGAGCAGCAGCGACUGCCCCGCAUUGCCAGCCUAAAGUCCAGUAGCUGCGAUGAUAUAGCCAAGGUGAGCAGUUGUCUGACGGCCAGCACAAGUAGUGGCAGUGGUGCAGGCAGCUUGGCAUCUCCUCCAAGUGGUGCAGCAUCUGGUGGUGCAGGAGGAGGAGGCGGAGGAGGAGGAACUGCACCCAGUGGCCAGCACGAUCCCUCGCGACGUGGUGCUUUUCCUUAUGCCUUCCUGCGAUCCCGUCUCUCCGUGCUGCCCGAGGAAAAUCACGGCAAUGCACCAGGUCACCUGAAGCAACAGAUUCAAAGGCAGCGGGAGCAGCACCAGCAGCAUCAGCGGGAACUCCUCGAGCAGGAGCAGGCCGCAUCGCCCCUACCGCAGCGCCGAUCCCCCGAACAGGCGAUGCUGAGCAAUGUGUCACGCAACGACAGCAUCACCUCCAAGGACUGGGAACCACUUUACCAAAGAUUAAGUAGUUGUCUGAGUUCAAACGAGUCCGGCUACGACAGCGAUGGGGGUGCGACGGGAGCCCGGCUGGGCAAUAAUCUGAGCAUCUCCGGCGGAGAUACCGAAUCUAUUGCCUCGGGCACCCUCAAGCGCAACUCGCUCAUCUCCCUCAGCUCGUCGGAGGGCGUGGGCAUGGGCAUGGGCCUGAGCCUGGGCAUGGGAAUGGGUGCGGCUCCAUCGACGCGGAACAGCAGCAUCUGCAGUGCUCCCGUAUCGCUGGGCGGCUACAACUAUGACUACGAAACGGAGACUAUCCGGCGGAGAUUCAGGCAACUGAAGCUGGAGCGCAAGUGCCAGGAGGACUACAUCGGCAUUGUCCUGUCGCCCAAGACAGUGAUGACCAACAGCAAUGAGCAGCAGUACCGGUACCUCAUCGUGGAACUGGAACCCUAUGGAAUGGCACAGAAGGAUGGCCGCCUUCGCCUGGGCGACGAGAUUGUCAAUGUGAAUGGAAAGCACCUGCGUGGCAUCCAAUCCUUUGCCGAGGUCCAGCGCCUGCUAAGCAGCUUCGUGGACAACUGCAUCGACCUGGUGAUUGCCCACGAUGAGGUGACCACGGUCACGGACUUCUACACCAAAAUCCGCAUCGAUGGGAUGAGCACGCAGCGCCACAGGCUAAGCUAUGUGCAGCGCACCCAGAGCACCGACAGUCUGACCAGCAUGCAGAGCCUGCAGCUGCAGCAGGAGAGGAUUCAGGGUCAAAACAUGCAGGACCAGCAGCAGGAGCCGGAUGCCCAGGGCGAGGAUCAGUGCGAUGCACGGUCCAUGGCCAGUGUGAGCACCAUGCCCACUCCGAUGCCGCUAAUGCAGCAUCGCAGGAGCUCGACUCCCAGGCACUCACUGGAAGCGGGUGGGCCAGAGCACGAGCUCCUCAGGAGGCGGGCGCGCAGCUCCUCAGGUCAGCGCAGCUUGGCUCUAACACCGACCCCACUCUUUGCCAGCAGCGGGGGCAGCAGCAGCUGCUCCUCCUCCCCUAACCACCGGUUGUUGGAUAACGAGCAUGACCCCGCUAACGAGACCGAAUCCUAUACGCCAGUGUAUGCAAAUCGGGCGGCGAGCGUGUGCGUGGCCUCCUCGCUGGCGGACGACGAGAAGUGGCAGUUGCUGGCCCGGAAGCGCUGCUCCGAGGGAUCCGCCCUGUCCGCCGCCGCCGCCGCCACCUCGGGCCCCCAGCAGUUUGGCCAGCGCACCCACUACGCCAGGAACUCCAUCAAUCUGGCCAACUCGCACUAUCGCUCGCUCCGGUUUGCCCACUCGCGGCUAAGCUCGUCGCGCCUCAGUCUGUUCAUGCAGGCGCCGACUAACAGUCUAACCGCCGGGGAGGGAGUCGCUAACACCCCAUCCUCUACAGCCAACAACACAACCACUGAUCUCACUAACCAGCAGCAACAGCAGCAAAACCAGCAACAGACACACCACCAAUCACUGUACAUCAAGCACUCGCCAAAGAGCGUCUCAUUGUUCUCGCCUAAUCCCUAUGUUAACGCCUCAUCCUCACCAGCCUCGGCAUCCACAUCGGCGGGUGCAGGCGCCUCCCUGGCCCCGCCGUCCGCUGCCCUAAUGCAUCACAGGCCAUCGCUGCCGGUGGCCAAGCUAACCAUACGCGACGAGGAAAUGGCGGAGGUCAUCCGAGCGUCCAUGAGCGAGGGCAGUGGUCGUUGCACUCCCAAGAUUAUCACCUUCUUCAAGGGACCUGGACUGAAAUCUUUGGGCUUCAGCAUAGUGGGAGGCCGGGAUUCGCCCAAGGGCAAUAUGGGAAUCUUUGUAAAGACCGUUUUUCCCUCGGGACAGGCAGCCGAUGAUGGCUCACUGCAAGCGGGCGAUGAAAUAGUGGAGAUCAAUGGCAACUCGGUGCAGGGCAUGAGUCAUGCCGAAACCAUAGGACUCUUUAAAAACGUUAGAGAAGGCACUAUAGUGCUCAAAAUCUUGAGAAGAAAAUUGCAGAAAGCUAAAUCGAUGGGUUGUUAGUUAGUACCCACAUUUGACUUUUUCCUUUGAUAAUACCUGAUUAUGGACAACCUGCAUCGUUUAACCAAGUUAAAUGUUAACUUCAUUAAUAAAAUGAAGCCCUUUUUUGUAAUCGUACAAAGCCCCUUGAAAGAACUAUACUUAUAUACAGACUCUAUGUAGCAUCUAGAAUCCCAAAUAGUACAUAAUCAAUUGUAUGGAGUUACAAUUUUAAAUUAUUUACCCAUUCUAGACUAGGCUAAGAUUCGAAACGUUGUACAAGUUAUAUUUACAUACGAGUUAAAUAUAUUUACCUGAAAUGCAAAA